CAACCACACACUCUUGAAGCUACAAUCUAUUUCUCUUAUCCUGUGACAUGUCGACAUAUUGUAGGACAUGUCCCCGGCGAAAGCCAUAAUAUACCCGUCAGAAGGCGACGGUGAUGAACAGGACGACAAGAGCAGUAACAUAAUUCGAGGAUCGAAACGGACGAAACCUUGUAACCGGAAAAGUCAAGCAGACGCCGCCAGCAAUCGCUCUCGCUCUCAUUCUCAUCACUCGCGCACUCAGGGUCGAGUAGGCGGACACGGCCACGGUAGCGAACUCAACCUCACCAACAUACCCGCGACUACCGCGACUACCGUGCCUGCCGCGACAUCAUCAUCAUCUUCUUCCUCUUCUCCAACUGCACCUUCCUCCGCCGUUGCUGGACUCGCGCCUUCCCAUGAAUCAUAUCCCCCAACCACGGCAAGACCGACAACAUCGACAAAUUCGAAACCCAGCAAAGUUUUUCAAUUCGUUGAUGCGAAUCCUUCGACCGAUGCCCAACGAUUUCAGAACAAGGUUUUGGUGAGGUCCAAUGCCUCAAACUAUCAUUGGCGACGCGCCAGGAAGUCUACUCACCCUCAUUCCGACGUCGAUGUCCCAGGGAAACUCGGUCAUGGUCAUGUCAAAGCUAAACUACCAUCUCCCUCGACCAAACGUCCAUCUACAAGUAACACUCAGAGCUCUGGAUGGCUUUCAAAUCUGAGUUCCUUGACUCAUAUCACGAGCGACGAAGAACAACAAGAUGACUUCCUCAACUCGUCCGAUCAUGCACUUCUCUUGCUUGACCCUAAUCGUCGCACCUCCGAAACCACUCCCUACCUACCCAGCUCUCAUAUUUCAGGACAUCACGACCCCUUCGAAAUGUAUCCUUCCGACCUUCCCAAGGAAUUCGUGAGUCCCGUGCUCGAUCAAUUGAUGGGCUUCAUGACAUUCAUCUUUCCUCCCCGCCCUGGUGCCAUCAUGAGCGAUUUGACCAAGAUCUGGAUGAAGGCUACCUUCAACGAUUGGGCUCUCUUCCACGGUUCCCUGUUCUGUCAACUCACCAGAAACAAAGCCUUUCUUGGUUAUACUGCAGAAACUUCGGAAUCAGUCCAAUGUUACACCGAAACCAUUCGCGGAGUACAUAGGAGAUUUCUCGAAAAUGGUCCCGCCAGUUUUUCCGAUGAAAAUAUCCUCUCUGUCUACUCCCUCGCCUACCAUGGUGUCCUCCGCUCGGUAUCUGCUGUCAAGGGUCCUAAUCAGGGUCCAUUAGAGGGUCUGGCCAUGUUGAAUGUUUAUGGUGGUCAAUUGGAGGCUGUUCAUGUCCAUCUCCAAGGAUUGGCCAAGAUGAUCAACCUCCGUGGGGGGAUUCACAAGAUUCAGUUCCCUGGACUGGCUCAAGCAAUUUCCUACGGCGACGUCAUCAUGGCAACUCAAGCCUUAACCAAACCUCUCCAUCCAUUUGUCUCGAUAAACCCCACUUUGAUACCACCCUUGCGAACCACACCACUUGAUCAUCCUCUCCGAGAACUAGGUCAAGCCUUCCUGUCUUUACCAACCUUUGAUAUCGACGUAAGCGGUUCCAAGCUCUUUGUCGUCCUUCGCUGGAUUACUCAACACACCCUUUCCAUCGAUGACUACGUCCACGGUCGUCCCGAGUCAUAUUCAACCCUUCAAAUGUCCCAGCAAAGAAGUUUUGUUCAGCAUGGUCUCAUGCUUUUAGCUCCGAGCGAAUCAGGCCACGAGAUGCUCAACCCACUCCAUCGCCUUUGCUGGAUGGCAACCGUGGUUUUCUGCUUGCUGGUGACUUAUCCAAUCCCCGCUAUUGCUGCACCGUUCCAUCGACUUGCUGCCGACAUUCGUUUGUGGUUGUCUCACCCACAGUCACGAGAAUUGUACCCUCAAGUGCCCUCUUUUAUUCUCUGGGUCAUGGUCAUGGGCGCCAUUGCUUCGAUCGGCUCCAACGAACGUCAAUGGUACCUCAAAGCCCUAGCUCAUAUGACCAAGGCCAUGGGCAUCAUGGAUUGGUUCAGCCUCAGAGAUAUCAUGACCACGUUCUUGUGGUAUGGAGAUACCAACGAUAUCGAUGGUCUCAAUUUGUGGCAGGAUGUUAGCCCCUUGAGACAGCUCACAGUCUCGCAUCGGACACGGCGAAGAUGACAUGUGUAAUUGUCGGAGUGAGUCAUGAGGUCGAGACCCAGUGUGUCAAUAGUCCAGGUCACGAGUCAUGGAUAUGAGCCCUCGAAUAUUAUGAAUUAAUGAUAUAUACC